AUGUCCGACAGAAUUCGGUUCUUUCACUCGGCAAAAGCGGCAGACGGGGAAAGACUUGCCGACAACAACUCGAAACGCAAGCAGAGCAUUUGGAUCGUCGGUGACGAGGUACUGGACGCCACCGAGCUCAGCUCUUCGUUCGAGUCGACGAUCCCGUCAUCCGCGACUUCGACGUCAUGCCCCAUGCUCUCGUACACGCAGAGGGACAUUCCACUUCGCUUUCGCCAUUACGAGGGCAAGUUCGACAACCGACGGGGCCAAUCCCUCUUUUACUUUUCGCUCUUUCCACCAGAAAAAGCGCCUCUCCGUGGCGUCGUGCUCUACUUACACGGCAGCAGCAGCCACUGUCGACGUCACGUCCAGCUUUACAAAGAACUGUGCUCAAAAGGGUUUGGCGUCAUCUCGUACGACAUGGUGAACCACGGCGCUAGUGACUUUGACAAGCACAAAACGCGUGCACAUAUCAGCAACUUCCAGCAUCUCGUGGAUGACACCAAUACCUUCAUCAGCUAUGCCAAGCGAUUCAUCUACUCUGACGCUCUUCGAUAUUGGCGGAAACACCACUACUCACGCCACUCCCAAGUCGACGGGACGAACCUCAUUGCACUGCCAGAACCACCACUGAUAAUCGUUGGCUCCUCACUCGGUUCAUUGGUUGGCAUCCAUACAGUGCUCAGUGGUCGACACAAGUUCAACGCGAGCGUUUGGGCGGCGCCAACAGUUGGCGUGACAUGGAGCCCGUUGUUGUAUGUCGAGUCGCUGCUACCACUGGCGUGGCUUCUCCCGAAAGCACGCAUUGUGCCUGCUGUGAAGUACGACUUUUUCUGCCGAGACCCGACGUUUUUAGCAGCGUUCAAGAAGGACCCUCUGACGUAUACGGACAAGAUGACUGCGCAAAGUGGCUUGGAGGCGUUGCACGCGAUCAAGCGGCUUCAGAAGGACAAGCGCGUAUUGAAGCCGGGCAGCGCCUUCUGCUCGAUUCCCGUGCUUUUCAUUGCAGGCUCAAACGAUGGCGUGUCUGAUCAACAGGCUGCCAUUCGCUUCUUCGCUUCGCUGGGCACUAAGGACAAGGAGUUUAAGCUCAUUGACGACGGGUUCCACUUCGUGUUCGAGGACACUCACAAGGAGGUUGCUGUUGAGCAUCUCGUGCGAUGGCUUCAUCGACGAUUCCCGCUUGAGACCCGACAGAACAGCUGUCGGGGAUUCGUAUGA